CCCAAUAAAGUAAGCAUUCGGAGCGAAACAGUUUGAAAGUGAUUGUAGAAUCCAAAACAGAAAAUGAAAAUGGACGUCCUGAAGCCGGUGAUUCCACUGUUGGCCUUGAUGUUGUAUGGAAUCGUAUUCAAUGAGAGGUUUGUAGACAGCCAGGCGAACCAAAAUAACAGCGUAAGAAAUGGAUCUAUGAAUGCCCAGAAUUUGAUGGAAAAUCUCAUUAAUAAGUAUCAGCAUUUCCUAUUAAAGAAGGUCCAAAGCAGUUCCAAUGGGACAUUCUGCUGCUUUGAAGUCCCUUCCAAGAUGGCCGAGUUCACCUGCAGCAACUGUAGAGCUUAUGGUUUGAAUAACCUCAUGCAAGUGGCCACACCGUUUACAUCUUGUGGUGGUAACUCCUGUUUGGCAUUGAACCAACUCAAACUACUCGGAAAUGUCACAGUAAACUGUACUUGUAGCCGAAGUUUUUUCAUCCGCACCGUCUCCGCAAACCUAAGUUUUCAAGUCCCAUUUAUUGACGUUAUAAGCGAAAGUCAACUGAACUUUGGUUGCCAAGAGAAUUCGACAAUUUCCAAGAUGGAGGUUUCAAGCACAGGGCAAGUAACGACAGAUGUGUCCGGCUGUGAUAACUCUACCUGUAGUCUUGUAAAUAUCUUUCUUAUCUUAUAUCCUGAUAGUUUCACCCCAGUUUUUCAACAAGCCCUGGAUCUCUAUUGGACGAACGUGCUGCAAGCCGAGAUAAACGAAAUUCCGUUUAUUCAUCUUCCACAAUGGAUCACAUCAACCAAUUAAAUUCUUGGAACGUUUUGCAAUAAUCUUUUUUUUUUUUCAGAACCUCACCGUUGUAAUGAUUUAGGAUGAUCACAAUGCACGUUAAUGCAUUAAAAUUUUCAUAUAACCAAUUUUUUUUUAUAAUGCUAAUGAUCUUGUUAAGAUUACUGUACUCAGAACUUUUUUCUAGUCUUCUUUGCUUUAAAACAAAACAAAACAACUCAUCUCUAAAGAUGGAAUUCCAAGGUAUUAAGAAAAGAAAAAUACAGAAGAAAAUGCAGGGACCACCAAAAACUAAAUGAUCAGUCUGGUUUGUUUUUCGUCCUCAGUGUAUAAGCGGUAAGAGGCGGAGUUCGAUUCACUGCGGUGGACGGAGCGCAGGUAGUUCAUUGUGUAACAUAGCGCUAAAGAAAAAAACAACACCAACAACCCUACAGGUUUAAUACCUUUCAUUACGACUUUCCACAUUUUUCGAUUUUAGGUAAUCUUGAGCAGUAAAAUGCAGAAAUCUGUUAAAGGAUUAGACUCCAGUUACCUUUCUAAAGAUAGUGAGUGGUAAACUACAAUCAAAUCCACUCAAUGAAAUUUACAAAUUUAAUCACCAGGCUACUGGAAAUCGGUACUAAGAUAAGAAUAUCGUAUUAAUACAACUAAAUUCUGGUUAUCUUGAAACGUCCUCCAUAUCUACCUUUAAUAAAUGAUCGCAGCUAGUUU